UCUUGACUAACAGGAGCAGCCUCCGCUGAGCCAUGGAGAGCGGCCGCCGCGGCCGGCGGGAGACGCAGGCGACGCUGGCGCCCCAGAGGUAGUUUGGCGACCACAAAGAAGGAAAAAGUGCGGGCGGGCGGCUGUGGACUUCCCGCUCUCACCCCGCGAGGCCGGGCCGGCAUCUUUAGUCGUGGAUUUCGCUGCGAUCACCCCAGCAGCUCUUUGCAAAGCUGCUUGAAACUUCUCCCAAAGUCGACAUGGAUACAGCGACAGCGGUGCUGCCUGCUUUUUUGGCGCUCUUGCUUCUCUCCCCUUGGCCUCUUCUGGGGUCGGCCCAAGGCCAGUUCUCCGCAGGUGGCUGUACUUUUGAUGAUGGUCCAGGGGCCUGUGAUUACCACCAGGAUCUAUAUGAUGACUUUGAAUGGGUACAUGUUAGUGCUCAAGAACCUCACUAUCUGCCACCUGAGAUGCCUCAAGGUUCCUAUAUGAUAGUGGACUCUUCAGAUCAUGACCCUGGAGAAAAAGCCAGACUUCAGCUGCCUACAAUGAAGGAGAACGACACUCACUGUAUUGAUUUCAGUUACCUGUUAUAUAGCCAGAAAGGGCUGAACCCUGGCACUUUGAACAUAUUAGUUAGAGUGAAUAAAGGACCUCUUGCCAAUCCAAUUUGGAAUGUGACUGGAUUCACAGGUAGAGAUUGGCUUCGGGCUGAGCUUGCAGUGAGCACCUUUUGGCCCAAUGAAUAUCAGGUAAUAUUUGAAGCCGAAGUCUCAGGAGGGAGAAGUGGUUAUAUUGCCAUUGAUGACAUCCAAGUAUUGAGUUACCCUUGUGAUAAAUCUCCUCAUUUCCUCCGUCUGGGGGACGUAGAGGUCAAUGCAGGGCAGAAUGCUACAUUUCAGUGUAUUGCUACGGGGAGAGAUGCUGUGCAUAACAAGCUGUGGCUGCAGAGACGAAAUGGAGAAGAUAUACCAGUAGCCCAGACUAAGAACAUCAAUCACAGAAGAUUUGCUGCUUCCUUCAGAUUGCAAGAAGUGACAAAAACUGACCAGGAUUUGUAUCGCUGCGUAACUCAGUCAGAACGAGGUUCUGGUGUGUCCAAUUUUGCUCAACUUAUUGUGAGAGAGCCACCAAGACCCAUUGCUCCUCCCCAGCUGCUUGGCGUUGGGCCUACAUAUUUGCUGAUCCAGCUAAAUGCCAACUCCAUCAUUGGUGAUGGUCCCAUUAUCCUGAAAGAGGUGGAGUACCGAAUGACAUCAGGUUCCUGGACAGAAACCCAUGCAGUCAAUGCUCCAACUUAUAAAUUGUGGCAUUUGGAUCCAGAUACAGAAUAUGAAAUCCGUGUUCUACUUACAAGACCUGGCGAAGGUGGAACGGGGCUCCCAGGACCUCCACUAAUCACCAGAACCAAAUGUGCAGAACCUAUGCGAACCCCAAAGACGUUAAAGAUUGCUGAGAUACAGGCAAGGCGCAUUGCCGUGGACUGGGAAUCCCUGGGUUACAACAUUACUCGUUGCCACACUUUUAAUGUCACUAUCUGCUACCAUUACUUCCAUGGUCACAACGAGAGCAAGGCAGACUGUUUGGACAUGGACCCCAAAGCCCCUCAGCAUAUUGUGAACCAUCUGCCACCUUAUACAAACGUUAGCCUCAAGAUGAUCCUAACCAAUCCAGAAGGCAGAAAGGAGAGUGAAGAGACGAUUAUUCAAACUGAUGAAGAUGUGCCUGGCCCUGUUCCAGUCAAUUCUCUUCAAGGAACAUCCUUUGAAAAUAAGAUUUUCUUGAACUGGAAAGAGCCUUUAGAUCCUAAUGGAAUCAUCACUCAAUAUGAGGUGAGCUACAGCAGUAUAAGAUCUUUUGAUCCUGCAGUUCCAGUGGCUGGACCUCCACAGACUGUAUCAAAUCUGUGGAACAGUACACAUCAUGUCUUUAUGCACCUUCAUCCUGGAACCACAUACCAGUUUUUCAUAAGAGCCAGCACUGUCAAAGGCUUUGGACCAGCUACAGCUAUCAAUGUGACGACCAAUAUCUCAGCUCCAACUUUGCCUGACUAUGAAGGAGUUGAUGCUUCUCUCAACGAAACUGCCACCACAAUAACUGUAUUGUUGAGACCAGCACAGGCCAAGGGUGCACCUAUCAGUGCUUACCAGAUUGUCGUAGAGGAGUUGCACCCGCACCGAACGAAGCGAGAAGCCGGAGCAAUGGAAUGCUACCAGGUGCCUGUCACAUACCAAAACUCCUUGAGCAGCGGUGCUCCCUACUACUUUGCUGCGGAGCUGCCCCCAGGGAAUCUUCCCGAACCUGCCCCAUUCACAGUGGGUGACAACAGAACCUAUCAGGGCUUUUGGAACCCACCUUUGGCUCCACGCAAAGGAUACAAUAUCUAUUUCCAGGCGAUGAGCAGUGUGGAGAAGGAAACUAAAACCCAGUGUGUACGAAUUGCUACGAAAGCAGCAGCAACAGAAGAACCAGAAGUGAUUCCAGACCCAGCCAAGCAGACAGACAGAGUGGUGAAAAUAGCAGGAAUUAGUGCUGGAAUUUUGGUGUUCAUCCUCCUCCUCCUAGUUGUCGUUUUAAUUGUUAAAAAGAGCAAGCUUGCUAAAAAACGCAAAGAUGCUAUGGGGAACACCCGACAAGAAAUGACUCACAUGGUGAAUGCUAUGGAUCGAAGUUAUGCUGAUCAGAGCACUCUGCAUGCAGAGGAUCCUCUUUCCAUCACCUUCAUGGACCAACAUAAUUUUAGUCCAAGAUUGCCCAAUGAUCCACUUGUGCCAACUGCUGUGUUAGAUGAAAACCACAGUGCUACAGCAGAGUCCAGUCGUCUUCUUGAUGUACCUCGCUACCUCUGUGAGGGGACAGAAUCCCCUUACCAGACCGGACAGCUGCACCCAGCCAUCAGGGUGGCCGACUUACUGCAGCACAUUAAUCUCAUGAAGACCUCAGACAGCUAUGGGUUCAAAGAGGAAUAUGAGAGCUUCUUUGAAGGACAGUCAGCAUCUUGGGAUGUAGCUAAAAAAGAUCAAAAUAGAGCAAAAAACCGAUAUGGAAACAUUAUAGCAUAUGAUCACUCCAGAGUAAUUCUGCAACCUGUGGAGGAUGAUCCUUCUUCAGAUUACAUUAAUGCCAACUAUAUAGAUGGCUACCAGAGACCAAGCCACUACAUUGCAACACAAGGCCCAGUUCAUGAAACCGUAUAUGAUUUCUGGAGAAUGAUCUGGCAAGAGCAGUCUGCCUGCAUUGUGAUGGUUACAAAUUUAGUUGAGGUUGGCCGGGUUAAGUGCUACAAGUAUUGGCCCGAUGAUACUGAAGUUUAUGGUGACUUUAAAGUAACUUGUGUAGAAAUGGAACCACUUGCUGAAUAUGUGGUUAGGACAUUCACACUGGAAAGGAGGGGAUACAAUGAGAUCCGUGAAGUUAAGCAGUUCCAUUUCACCGGCUGGCCUGACCAUGGAGUGCCCUACCAUGCUACAGGGCUUCUUUCCUUUAUCCGGCGAGUCAAGUUCUCCAACCCUCCCAGUGCUGGCCCCAUCGUUGUCCAUUGCAGUGCUGGUGCUGGACGAACUGGCUGUUACAUUGUGAUUGAUAUCAUGCUGGACAUGGCUGAAAGAGAGGGUGUUGUUGACAUCUACAACUGUGUCAAAGCCUUAAGAUCUCGUCGUAUCAAUAUGGUCCAGACAGAGGAACAGUACAUUUUUAUUCAUGAUGCCAUUUUAGAAGCCUGCUUAUGUGGAGAAACUGCCAUACCUGUCUGUGAAUUUAAAGCCGCAUAUUUUGAUAUGAUCAGAAUAGACUCCCAGACUAACUCUUCUCAUCUCAAAGAUGAAUUUCAGACUUUGAAUUCAGUCACCCCUCGACUACAAGCUGAAGACUGCAGUAUAGCAUGCCUGCCAAGGAACCAUGACAAGAAUCGUUUCAUGGACAUGCUGCCACCUGACAGAUGUCUGCCUUUUUUAAUUACAAUUGAUGGGGAGAGUAGUAACUACAUCAAUGCUGCUCUUAUGGAUAGCUACAGGCAACCAGCUGCUUUCAUUGUCACACAGUACCCUCUGCCAAACACUGUGAAGGAUUUCUGGAGAUUAGUGUAUGAUUAUGGCUGUACUUCCAUUGUGAUGUUAAAUGAAGUCGACUUGUCACAGGGCUGCCCUCAGUACUGGCCAGAAGAAGGGAUGCUACGAUAUGGCCCUAUACAAGUGGAAUGUAUGUCUUGUUCAAUGGAUUGUGAUGUGAUAAACCGGAUUUUUAGGAUAUGCAACCUAACAAGACCACAGGAAGGUUAUCUUAUGGUACAGCAGUUUCAAUAUCUAGGAUGGGCUUCUCAUCGAGAAGUGCCUGGUUCCAAACGGUCAUUUUUGAAACUGAUACUGCAGGUGGAAAAAUGGCAGGAGGAAUGCGAGGAAGGGGAAGGCCGGACGAUCAUCCACUGCCUAAAUGGUGGUGGGCGAAGUGGCAUGUUCUGUGCUAUAGGAAUUGUUGUCGAAAUGGUGAAACGGCAGAAUGUUGUCGAUGUGUUCCAUGCGGUCAAGACACUAAGGAACAGUAAACCCAACAUGGUGGAAGCCCCGGAGCAGUACCGUUUCUGCUAUGAUGUAGCUUUGGAAUACCUGGAGUCAUCUUAGUUGGGUGAGACUUCAGCAUCCGAACAGAAAUCUGUUCAUCUGUUGAGCCAGCAGCUGUUGUACCCGUUACACCUGUGCAGAAAGAUUUUAAUGUGGGGGGUGGGAGACUUUUACAUUCGAGAGGUGAAAGUAUUUUUCUUAUGAAGUUGUGUAUCUUAAUAAAAAGGACUCAGUUUCUAUGACUGUAUGAAAGCAUCAACAUUUCGUGCCACAUAAAUUAUAUUUAAUAAGAACCAGAUUCAAAUGAGAACUUAUCAGUGUUUGUAUAGUGAAUAUGCAGCCUUUUCUCCCCUGAUUUGGGUAGAGCAGCCACCACAUGUUGCAUGAAUUAAUACUUUCGACGUGGCAUUUUUCUCCCUUUUUAAAAUAAAAGAUGUUAAAUCUUUAAAGGAAGAAGAAAGAAAAGCUGUGCUAAUUCAUAGUAAAGUUCAUUUUUUUUUACGUUUCAAGCGUAGCAGAUCUCUAUAUAAAUAUAUAAAUAUAUAUAACUGGCUUAUUUUCUUUUAAUGUGCAAUGAUGGCUGGAUCAUUUAAAGUUCUUUUAGGAAAAAAAAAAAACAUAAGCCAAAGACUUAAGUGUAAAUAUGUCUAUAUGGAGAAAGCACAUUAUAUUUAUUGGUUACUGACAUUCCUUUUUUGAUGGCUAAAAUACCACCACUACACAGUCAUUUUUUUUUUUUUCUGAAGAAAGCUUUUUCUUUCACUAAAAUCAAUUGUAAACGAUUUUUGUAGGUUAUUUUUUGUAUGUUUUAGUGUAAGUAGAGGAUUAACUUUUUAUUCAUAAACCAGGAAGCAAUGUUCUUUAUAGUGAUUCUCUUGUGUACAUGCUUGUGAAUUAAAUUUACGUAAAACACCUUGGCAAUUAGGUCUUUUAAUAUAGGACCAAAUUAAAACAUUUCUCUGAAAAUAUAUAAUUUUUCACAAUGUCACUAGGUAAAUAAAGAAUGGUUUGGUGAUCAUACAUGAGAAUUUGAACACAUACAAAGGCCUUGCUGGUGACAUACACAGUGUUGAACGUAGCCUUUAAGCAUCAUUUAAAUUUUAAAGGAAUUGAUCUUUUCAGCCUAUGACCAAGCACUGGUCAAGCAAUCAAAAUUGCAACAUUUAUGCUUUCAGGGUCAAGUUUUAGCAAACUGUAAACUGUCAAGGUGAUAAAAUGUUUCUUUCGAUGUUUACAUGCACAAGCUUUAGGUUCUGAUCACAGAAAAGUGUGAACAAAUCAAUGCCAGAUUCCUGUUUUGUGCAUUGUCAUUGGAUUCUCAAGUGAACCUUUUUUAAAUGUAGUCUUGUUCACAUGCCCCCUGUAGCUGUAACUUCACAUCAUCAGUUUGCAGUUUGUUAUUGACUAAAGCAUUCCGGUAUCCUCUUUCUAGAUUGCCAGUACAUGACAUGGUGCUUAUAAAGAUUUAAUUAAAGUAAGAGUGAAUAAAGUUUUUUAUAAUUACAAGUUAUUGUUUGCACAUCAUUUUCUCCUAAUUUCCAUGUCUUCACUCCUAAAUAAAUAACCUAUUCUCAUUGAUACAAAUAAACCAUAAAAAUUCUAUUAGAAGUAAAA